ACCAACACCAGGUUGUUUUCGGCAAAAAAUUAAAUCUGGAUGAUGUUUCGCCAUGAGGGUGAAACUAUGGAUGAGUAACUCCAAAAUAAGGAAUUGUUUACGUAGCGGUAACGAAAAGAAGAAAAACUUAGAUCACAGUUUUUGUAAUAACAUCUAUACUAAACUUCCGGAAUCUGAAAUCUCAGAAAAUGGAAAAAGCUAAAGGUAAACCAGAUCCAGGAGAAAAGGAAUCAGUGCCAAAAUUCGAUGAAAAUGAGGAAGUCACAUUUAGUUCUUUGGGUGUCGUCGAUGUAUUAUGUGAAGCAUGUGAACUUCUGAAAUGGAAGCAUCCAACCAAAAUACAAAAAGAAGCAAUACCUGUUGCAUUAAAAGGAAAGGAUGUCAUUGGUUUGGCAGAAACUGGAUCAGGAAAAACUGGAGCAUUUGCAAUACCUAUUCUUCAAGCUCUCUUGGAAAACCCCCAGCGUUUAUUUGGUCUAAUUCUCACUCCAACUCGAGAGUUAGCUUUCCAGAUAUCUGAACAAAUUGAGGCUUUAGGAGCUGCUAUUAGUAUCAAAUGUGCUGUGAUUGUUGGAGGUGUUGAUAUGAUGACUCAAGCAUUAGUUCUGGCCAAAAAGCCUCAUAUAGUUAUUGCUACACCUGGGCGUUUAGUUGACCAUUUUGAAAACACAAAAGGUUUCAAUAUGAAAGCUUUGAAACAUUUGGUUAUGGAUGAAGCAGACAGAAUUCUUAACAUGGAUUUUACAGAUGACAUUGACAAAAUAUUGCAAGCUCUUCCUCGGGAUCGAAAAACUUAUCUUUACUCUGCAACAAUGACCAAAAAGGUUGCUAAACUUCAACGGGCAUCUUUGAAAAAUCCAGUGCGACUGGAAGUCUCAACCAAAUAUACAACAGUAGACAAACUCCAGCAAUUCUAUUUAUUCAUUCCAGCUAGAUUUAAGGAUGUUUACCUCACUUUUGUAUUGAAUGAACAAUCAGGGAAGUCUUGUAUCAUUUUCUGUAAUACCUGUUCUAGUACUCAACGUAUUGCUCUGAUGUUACGUAACCUUGGCAUAAGUGCAAUUCCUUUACAUGGUCAACUUUCACAGGAAAAGAGACUUGGAUCACUCAACAAAUUUCGCAGCAAGUCUAAUUCUGUUCUGCUUGCAACUGAUGUUGCUAGUAGAGGUCUUGACAUUCCCCAUGUGGACAUAGUAAUUAAUUUUGAUAUCCCAAUGCGUUCUAAAGAUUAUAUUCACCGUGUUGGACGAACUGCUCGAGCUGGACGAUCAGGCAAAUCCAUAACUUUUGUAACACAAUAUGAUGUGGAACUAUACCAGAGAAUUGAACAUUUGAUUGGAAAGAAACUUCCAUUAUUUAAAGUUGAAGAAGAGGAAGUAAUGUUAUUGACUGAGCGGGUUUCAGAAGCACAACGUUUAGCAAAGCUAGAACUGUCAGAAAGUUUUAAUAAGAAACGAAAACAUAAAGAUGAUGAAGAAGUAGAAGCAUAUUCUGGACCAAAAAAGAAGUUUAAGAAGAAGAAAAAACAUUAACUGUAGUAUGUUGAAAAUAAAAACUUCAUGUUUUGUAUCAUC